AUAAGGUACAGGUGACAUGGAGAACUGGUAAGGCACGGACGGUGGAACAGCCCUGUCCCUGCCCAUUCCCUGGCCUCUCCAGCGACACCAACGAGGUAAGAGUGAAGGAUGGCAGCAAGAUCCGCAACCUCAUGCGCUAUGCCCUGAGCCGCAUGGAGGUCAAGCCCAGAGCGCUGAAGGCGAGGGGGCAGCCUAGAGCCGAAGAAGGGGUAGCAUCACUCGAGGUCCAGGAAGCACCAUGCUCCCAGGCACUGGAAAAGAUGCCUAGCCGGCAGAUAGUAUUCACUGGGAUGGGGAAGGGGGUCUCCAAGGCCAUCACGUGUGUGGAGAUCCUGAAGCGCCGUGUGAAAGGCUUGCACCAGCAGACCAGGCUGCUCUUCAGCACUGUCCUGGGAGGUGUGGAACUCCUGGAGCCUGCAGCAGGCCUGGACAGCCUCACUGUCAGUAGGAACAUACCUGCUAUCUGGGUACUGCUCUCCAGAGACCCCCUGGAUGCCAGUCUGCCUGGAUACCAGGCUCCAGGAACUUUGAUGCCCUAGGCACAGGCUGCCAAGGAGGAUGCAGUGGCUGGUGGAUGUGAGACAUGUGGGCAGGAGGAGAGGGGAGGUGGUGGUGGCAGGGGUAAGGGACCAGGAGGCCCUGUCAGACAGACUGAUCGAUCCAGAGAGCCAGGAAAAGGCCAGAGUCGUGGUAAGGGGGCGCUGGCAGGGCAGGAAUGAGAUGUGUUCUGUGUGUGUGGAAGAGGCCUUUGGACCAACCUGUUAUAAUCACAAGACAGUCAGUCCCCCAUCGGCCGAUGAGUGCACAAAAUAUCAACCUUUCCAACUUUUCCGUUAUUGUGUUAUGACUCACUUUCUGGGAGAGAGGAUGUUAGCGAGU